AUGUCUUCUUCUUCCGAUACUGGAGUAUCAAACACGUUGGAUCCUACGGCGAUUGUGUCGGAUGACGAGAUUCUGUCUAAGAGCGAGCCGUUUGCCCUACCAGACGAUGCGCCUUUAGCUGAUGGUCCUUUCGACGGGGAUCUACCUCUCAUUCUGAUCCCUGCUCCUAUCCCCCUCGCUGCGUUUCCCUUAGAGGAUUUACCUCUCGAUGCGUUAUCAGAUGACGAUAUCGACCUUUUCAUAGAGGGUCCCCCGGAGGGUGACCAGGAUGGUGGGGCCCCUAUGGAGGACGAUAUCCCAGUUGACGACCCUGUAGUUCCUAUUGAUGAGGCUCCUGUGGAGGAGGCUCCUUCUGAUUCAUCUGGUCCAGACUCGUUUGAGUCUGUGGCAUUCGCUUCUUUUCAUGACCGGGGCGUGCAGCACUACUCUCCUGACGCUGACUCAGACAUGGCGAUGUCAGCUACACCUGUUGUCCCCCAGGACUUUGGCCCAAAGCCCGAGGUCGAGUUUGUACCAGCUGAGCCUGCUCCAGUUGGUCCAGAGCCUGUCAUUGCUCACGACCCUAUUGAUGUUCCAGUCGUUCCACUUUUGCCUGAUCCUCUACUAGAGCCUGACCGCGUUGACCCACCAGUCGUGGCACCACCUGCUGUCGAUGCACCCGUUAUUGCACCACCUGUUGUCGACCAUGCACCUUUUGCCACACAUAUUGAUCCCAGGUAUGUUGACACCCUUAAUGGGUGGAUUGAUGAUGAUGAUGAUUAUCCCCCGUUUGUUCUACCAGUCACUCCACCCGCUGCACCUGCUUUCGCACCGCUUGAUAUUCCCCAGUUCCACCCACACACAUCUGAUAUCCAUCGCACAGACUUACCCAUCACCUUUCUACAGGACAUACCCCCUCCCCGUCUAGGGGAAGGACCUUCCACUAGGCCACGCGAUCACAUGCCACCCACGACAGCAGCUUUUCCAUUCAUGCCCUCUUUUACUCCGGCUGCACACACUACAUCUCCCUUUUUACAGCAGGAUGCAUUGAGCCGACGAGUUCAUGAGUUGGAAAGGAUUCCACGUCCUCCCCCAUGUCAUUGUCAGUCUCCUUUUGCUACACCACCAGCUCCUCUUCCACUACACCCGGAUUCUGAUGUCCGCUUCCUCACCCCGGAGCUGCAGAUUGCCUACCUGCUGCGCGUUGUCCACGCACUCGAGGAGGAUUGGAUGCCUCCACGACGAGACACACGCUUGCCUACUACUGAGGCAGAACUGCGGGAAUGUAUUUCAAAGGCGACAGCUGACUAUGAGGCCUCCCGCGCGGAGACUAGCGGAGGCUGUACCUACAAACAAUUCUUGGAUUGUAAGCCCUUAAACUACGACGGCACUGGGGGUGCUGUUGCCUUCGUCAGGUGGACAGAAAAGACGGAUUCGGUAAUAAGGAUGAGCAAGUGUGCUCCUGAAAACCAAGUUACUUACGUCUCAGGACUCUUUCUUGAUGGUGCUUUAUCCUGGUGGAACCUGCAAUUUCAAAACCUAGAAGAGGCGGCGGCGUAUGCACUGACAUGGGCUGAGCUGAAGGAACUCAUGAGGAAGAAAUAUUGUUCACGGGCAGAGAUACAGAAGCUGGAGAUGAAAUUCUAG